UCUCUGGAUGGCUUUGUAUUUGCACUAAACAAGGAGGGACGCUUCCUCUACAUCUCUGAGACUGUUUCCAUCUACCUGGGCCUGUCACAGGUGGAGCUGACCGGCAGCAGCGUGUUUGACUACAUCCACCCAGCGGACCACGUGGAGAUGGCCGAGCGACUGGGCAUCAAGCCUCAUCUGCGGGCCGAGGCCGGCUGCCACACGGCCCCCGACAGCGCUUCCAGCACCGCUUCCACUUCCUCGCUUGCCGGUACCCCUGAACCUGCUCCCUCUAGUCCCCACUCUCCAACUGAUGAACCUCCAGAACGUGGUUUCUUCAUUCGCAUGAAGUCCACACUCACUAAACGAGGCCUACAUGUCAAGUCUUCUGGAUAUAAGGUGAUCCAUGUGACGGGACGAAUCCGUUGCCGCCCUGCACUUGUUCCAGGAUCCACGCGCUCGGUCCGUCGUCCGAUGGGCUUGGUCGCUCUGGCGCACACACUCCCACCCUCCACGCUCAACGAAGUCCGCAUGGAAAGCCACAUGUUUGUGUUCCGAGUCAACAUGGACCUGCAGGUCACAUAUUGUGAGAACAGGAUCUCAGAGUAUAUGGAUUUAACCCCGGCAGAGGUGGUGGGACACACCUGUUAUCAUUUCAUCCAUGUAGAAGACCUGGAAAAUAUCCGGCAGAGCCAUGAAGACUUGCUGAGGAAAGGACAGGUGGUGACAGGUUACUAUCGUUGGCUUCAGAGGAGAGGGGGAUACCUGUGGAUCCAGUCCACUGCCACGGUCUCCAUCAACCACAAAGCUCCCCAUGAACGAAACGUCAUCUGGGUGAACUAUGUCCUGAGUCGAACCGAGCUGCCCGACACCCCUCUGGAUCUGCUGCAGCUCCCAGAAAGCAUAAGAGCGGAGCGGCUCCGAGUUAGCUCGCCUCCCACCGACUCCUCGGCCCAAGCUCGAGCCCAACAGUCGGCGAAGAGCUCAGUGGGGAAGAGUGAGCCUGACGCGAAAGGAAGAGAGAAAUUCACAGCCCCUGCCGUCCAGUCAGAGGACAGGAGGAAGCGCAUGCUGAGGUCUGACCCCGAGGGCGCGCCUCCAGAGAGCCGACGCCGUCUGGAUGAGCUCCGGCGCACAGAGGAGGCCGUGUCCACUUCCUCAGAUCUGGCGAGCGAAAGCGAGGACGAGGAGGAAGAGACGGAGUGGGACCAGGGGGGGGACGGCAACAGACUGAAGCAAGAAGACGGCAGGGAGGGAGGGAAGCAGGGCCGAGGAGGAGACGCCACCCAGACCCGAGGGGACAGGGCAGGGAGGGUGCACAAUGGCCGGGCGGUGAUCCAGCAGCUGAAGAGUGUGGUGACCCAGUCUUCGUUGCCCGGAAGUCCCAGCAUCAAGACUGAACACGAAGGCCUGACCGCCGGGGGGCGCUGGGGGUCUCACACACAGACCUCCACCCAGCACACACACACCUCUCAGCCCCAACCUCCGACCCAUGYGCACACACCGUCCAGCAGCCUGAACGGCGACAGCCCCACCACCCCGAUCCCGGACUCUUCGUCCAGCAGCGACGCCCCGGCUAAAGGCCUGUUCACCCCUCCCUCCCCGGCCUUGUCCCCGGCCAUGUCCGUGUCCUCCCCGCAGCCCCGCGAGGACCGGGCGGGGGGUCGCGCCGGUGGAGGUAACGGCCCUGAUUUCGAGCUGCUGCAGAGACUGGCGGGCGGGGCAGCGGGGCGAGUCCUCUUCCACCCGCUGGCCCUCGGCCCGCAGGGCCCUCAGAGCCUGUACGCCCCGAGCACCAUCCGAUACGCUCCGCCUGAGCUGCCCCCCUCCCACCACCACGGCACGGGCCAUGGCGACGGCCUGCAGCUACGCUCGGACCACCACAAGGGUCCCCCGCCGACCUUCUUCCCCCACCUGCAGCGGCUGGCCGGCCUGCCACCCUUCAGCGGUUUCUCCCCGUCUGACAGCCCUUUCUCCUCCGGCCUGCCGUUCUGUAUGAACGGACUGAGGGGGGCCGCAGGCUCGGAGGAGGACUGAACCUCACGCUGGGGAGAACACGAGGGGAGGAAGAAAAAAAAGGACAAAUGCUAUGAAGUGACAAAACAGAUAGAGAGACGUUGAAAAGGGCAAGGAAGACAGAAAAGGCCAGGACGUUAAGCCUCUAAGGAGUGAAUAAUUGGACGAUGAGUUAAAUAACCACAAUCUGAAAGUGCGUGACACAUCGCUGCCAGAAGAACUUCCUGUGGACAAGUGUCAACAACUCUCAGAGAAAAACGGACGCGGAAACUUUUGACUGGUUGUCCCCGAAGACUCUCGGUCUCCACAACAAUAAUGAACUCUGCUCUGUCUUUCUCUAGAUGACGGUGUUUGAUUCGUGUGUCUCUCCCACUCAGAGAAGCCAUAUUGUAAAUAACAACAAACAAAACCAUACAAACCCUCAGCUUCCAUUCAUCUUCACUCCAAUUAACCUAAUUAACCCCCUCAAAGCAAGUAUUCAGAGAUGGACACCUGUCUGUAGAGAUGUAAAAUAACGUUUUUUUUAUUUUUAUUUUAUUUUUAAAUCAGUGCAGUGUUACACAAAUCCUCUCUUACACUGGGCUCCAGGUGAGAAUCUGAAGAUGGAGACCACCUUUUUUUGGUGUUUUGUAUUAAGUCUCGAAAAGAUAAUAGAAUAAAAUUUUUAAAAAGUCAUCAGUCAGCCAUAUUUAAAGCACACUGUUGGGAUUAAGGUAAGAGUAUUGUAGUCCCAGACAUUCCAGUAUAAAAGGGAAGUAAAUGCAAUGCAGACAGGAUGUUAUUUCUGUUGGAGUAUGGGGAGGGGUGGGGGUAUUUGUCUGUUCAAAGUGUUAAUUAUAGUUUAUUCUUUAUAAUGCAACAGUUGUGUUUUUGUAAGAAAGCCAUAAUAUUGUUUUUUUUCUUCUAUAAGCUAAAAUCCAUAAUCAGCACGUCUUCAUGUCUGAACAGACACGGUUAGAGGUUUUAUUGGAAGCUCAUUGUUCUCUUUAAAAAAUGCUUCUGAAAUGUUUUCAGAGGAAAUGGUGCAGAAGUGUUUUUGUCACCUGGACCUUUGUGUGUUUUUAUUUUUAUGAGCACUUACUGAAAUUUGUUCUGCUGUGAACUCAAAGCACUUCGUGACUCAGAUUGUUUGAUCCUGUUAAAACAGAAAACAACACAAGUGGUCACUAAUAUUAUUGUCUGACCACAGAGGCACUGGAGAGAGGUGGGGAUUGAGAGACGUACAUGUAAAAAUUAAAAUAAAAACAGGUCAUUGAACUAAAAUAUGACCGUCGGAGGUCAAUAAAACAACGCAGACGUUUCAGUUACUGAACGUAAAAACAAGGUUUUAAAUAAUAAAAUAAUGAAUUGAACUGGUUAGUUAUUUAAAAUUCAUCUCAUAGGUGAAGAAAAUAAAAAAAACAUUUUCUACUUUUAAAUUUGUGCAAAUGAGAGAUAUUCAAAAGCUGAAAGUGUUCAUUCCAAAACAGAAUACAAAAUCAGAAAAUGUGACCUUAUUUUUAAAUGAAUCAUGGCAUUAAUGCAGCCAAACAGGCAUUAGGAAUGUUUGACAGUAAUUAAAGAUAAAAAAAAAAGAAUAUAAACAAUUUUCUAGCACUUUGGAAUAAAGACUUUUAAAUCAAUCUGUAAAAUAGCUCAAACAUUUUUUUUUGUAAUAUGUGUUUAUGGCACUUUUUGCCUCUAAAUUGAGAUUAUGGUCAGUUUGAGCUAAAUAUUCGGUUUACGUAGAAGCCCGAUGUUCGUGUUCUGAUGUCUUGAUGGGAGGAAAAAAGGAGGGAAAAAAUGAAAUCUGGUGUGUGCAAUACACUCAUCAUGUAGCUGUCACAAAUAGCAAGUGUGUGAGCACACGCACACUCGGGUGUUUACUGGUACAAAACGUGCGGAUGAAUGUGAGAGUGUGCGUUUGCUCGUGUGUGUUCGUGUGUGAAUGUCUUUUGUUUAGUCUUUUGUUCUUGUUGUUGAAUAAAACGGCUAACCAUUUGCCCAUCACUGUGAAUCUAACAUGAUCCUCCCAUGUUUGUGAAUAGUUCACCCAGCCAUCAAAGAAAAUGAACAAAUGUACAGAAAAUAAAAAAUUAAAAUGCAGAUGAUGAUAACAAUAAAAUAUUCCAGUAGAGGAGCACAACUCAA